AUGCUGCUGGGCGCGGCCAGGGGGCGGCUGCAGUCGGGGGGGCGCAGGGGGCUGCUGGGCGGCGCCCUGGGCCGGCAGCCCGGAAGAGCGCGGUGGAAAAUGGGCGGGAGGGAAGUUUUCUUGGGGGCAUUUGGCGGCGGUGGGCUGAUUUUCGGUGAUGGGGGAGGGGGAGGGGGAAUGGGAUUUGGACAAGGUGGGGGAGAGUGGAGGCGGUUGCUGGCGGGGGUUGGCGGAGUUGGGCUCAACGUGGCGAUGUGCGGCAAAGGGAAGGGCAGGGGGAGGGGUGAAGAGCCUGGCUGCCUUUCCAGCAGCGCAUCUGAGGUGGGAGAUGUGAGCGAAGGCGUGAAAUCCGGACAAGGGGAGGCCAAGGGGCGGAAGGGGCUGACUCUGGUGUCCGGCUGCUGCAUGAUGCCGCAUCCGGACAAGGCCUACCGCGGCGGGGAGGACGCGUUUUUCAUCGCGGAGAAUGGGAUGGCGAUCGGUGUGGCGGAUGGGGUGGGCGCGUGGGCGCUGUCCGGGAUUGAUGCGGGCGUGUACGCCCGAGCGCUGAUGGCGCAUGCCAGGGAGGCCGCCGCGGAUUUUGAGCCCGGCCCCGAGGCGCCGCGGGAGGUUCUGAGGGCGGCGUACGCCAAGACGACCUCGCUGGGGUCGUCCACAGCGUGCGUGCUGAUCUUGGAUGGCCGGGCGAGCAUCUUAUACGCGGCCAAUGUCGGCGAUUCGGGGUUCAUGGUGGUGCGCGGCAGGGAGGCGAUGUUCAAAUCCCCGGCCCAGACGUGGAAUUUCAACUGCCCCUACCAGCUGGGGCGGGACACCCGUGCCUACCAGGGCCCCGACGAGGCCCAGAGCUUCGCGAUCAGAGUGCGGGCCGGCGAUGCGAUCGUGGCGGCCACGGACGGCGUCUUCGACAAUCUGUUCGCGGAGGAGUGCGUUGGGGUGGUGGCCCAGGCGCAGGCGAAGGGGAUGAGCGCGGGGGGGGCCAGCAAGGCGCUGGCGCAGGCCGCGUUCGCGAGGGCGGGCGACCGGCGGGCGGUGACGCCCUUCGCGCUGGAGGCGCGGGCCAACGGGAUCCUGUACAACGGCGGGGGCAAGAUGGACGACAUCACAGUUGUGGUGUCGUACGUGACGCCGGCGGGAGGGGGGGGCCAGGAAAGGUCGAAGCUGUGA